AAAGUUGUAUUCGUAAUGGCAACAUUAUGAGUAAACAAACCAAAAAUGCGCGCUAGGUUCUCUUUAAGCUAAAAAAUAAUGUUUGACAGGUGUAAUUAAUUAAUUUUAAUUCCCAAGUUUUUAAUUAGUUAUAAAUUGUUUUUAAAUUAAGUUAUAGCAAUGGAUAUUAGAAAGUGGUUAGUUUCUUCUAAGCCAAAGGAUUCUUCAUCAAAUACUGGAAACAAGAAAGAUCGACCAAAGAAGGCUGAAGAUUCUCCUUCGUCAUCAGGAAAUGCUAAACAUUCUAAAAAGCGGCGAAUAAUUGAAUCAGACUCAGAUGAAGAACCUAUUCCUCAAAAAGAAAAAGCAAGUAAUAAAAAUAAAAGUCCCAAAGCUAGAGAAAAUGGUAAAAAUAGUUCUAAGCCUCCAAAAGCAUCAUUCAAAGAAGUUACGGCUUCAGACUUUUUUGGUUCUGAAUCAGUUUCAACCACCAACAAGAAGACUAAAUCUCCUAAAAAGAAAACAAAUGAUAUUAGUCUUCACGAAGAUGAAGAAUUUGAAGCAACCCUCAAGCAGUUGAAUAAUGUAAAACCAAUAAAGAAAGAUUCACAAGAAAAAAAGAAGCCUGAUCCUGUUUCUGCCAAAAAAGACAAUAAAAAAGGAAAUUCCUUGCCCACCAAAAGAAAGGCCAACUCUGUUACUUCCCCUAAAGUGGAAAUUAUCCCUAAUCCUAAAGCUCCUCCUAAAAAAAAGAUAAUUAUUGAUAGUAAGGAUGAAAAACCAGCUGCUAAAAAACCUAGAAAUAGUGGUGCUGCUAAUUAUGCAAGUUAUCUUAACCGUGAAGGUCCUAAAGCGCUGGGAUCUAAAGAAAUUCCCGAGGGAGCUGAAGGUUGUCUUGCUGGAUUAACUUUCAUUAUUACUGGUGUAUUAGAGUCAAUUGAACGUGAUGAAGGAAAAGCUCUUGUUGAAAAGUAUGGAGGAAAAGUUAUGACAACUAUUACCAAAAAUACGAAAUACAUUAUAAUAGGUAGAGAUGCUGGGGCUAGCAAACUAGAAAAGGCAGAAAAAUUUGGUACGAUACAGCUUGAUGAAGAUGGACUUCUUGAUUUAAUUCGAACUCGUCCUGGAAAAGAUGGAGUGGUUGCAUCAAAAUCUGUUAAAAAAGAAAAAUUAGAAAAAGCCAGCGCAUCAUCAACUGAAAAUUCUGAUGUGCCUAAAGAUUCAUUAGAGGCAUCAUUCCUUGAAGAUGAUGACGAUAUGGAUUUAUUUGAUGAGUCACCACUUAUUGAAACCAAAGAGGCUGUAAAUAAAAUUGUGAAAAAAGACAAUUCUGUGGAAGAACUUCCUGAACCCAAGAAAAAAAAUGUAGUACCAGAAAAAAAGGAAAUUGAUGCUGAUAUGAAAAACACAAUAGUAAAAUCUGAUAGUCCUUUAUCUUUAUCAAUGUGGGUAGAUAAAUACAAGCCUUCUAACAUUAAGCAGGUAAUAGGUCAGCAAGGAGAUAAAAGCAAUGCUAAGAAACUCUUGCAUUGGUUAGUCAAUUGGAGAAAAAAUAGGAGAUUAAACAAAAAAGCAAUACCAGGCCGUUUCAAUGCUAAUGAUGAUGGCUCUGGUUUCAAAGCUGCACUGCUCUCUGGUCCUCCUGGUGUGGGCAAAACAACAACAGCUCAGUUGGUGUGCAAAGAAUCUGGUUAUGAUUUCUUUGAACUCAAUGCUUCGGAUACUCGAUCAAAGAAAACCUUGCAGCAAAUGGUUUCUCAGUUGUUAGGCAAUCAAACUUUGGCGGAUUGUUUUAAAGAUGAUGCUGGUAAAGUUUCAAGCAAUCAUGUAAUUAUUAUGGAUGAAGUCGAUGGGAUGGCUGGAAAUGAAGAUAGAGGCGGAAUGAUGGAACUGAUUGGUUUCAUUAAAGCAUCUAAAGUUCCUAUUAUUUGUAUCUGCAAUGACAGAAAUCAUACGAAAAUCAGGUCGCUAAGUAACCAUUGUUUUGAUUUAAGAUUCCAAAGGCCAAGGGUUGAGCAAAUCAAGGCUGCCAUGAUGUCAAUAGCUUUUAAAGAACAUAUAAAAGUAUCUCCUGAAGCUCUUCAAGAUGUUAUAGUGGCUUCAAAUCAAGAUGUGCGCCAGGUCCUACACAAUAUGUCAAUGUGGAGUGCAAAAUCGAAAGGUUUAACUUCUGAACAAACAAAAGCAGAUAUUGGGCGUGGAACGAAACACAUAAAAAUGGGCCCUUUUGAUGUAUUAAGAGAAGUUUUUGCAAUUGGCAACAAUCCAAAGGCUACUAUUAUGGAUAAAUCAGAUUUAUUCUUCCAUGAUUAUUCUUUGUCUCCAUUAUUUGUACAAGAAAAUUAUGUCCAUGUCAUUCCUACUGAAGCUCAGGGUAAUAAGAAAAAGCAUCUUAGGUUACUCAGUGCUGCUGCUGACAGCAUAUGCAUAGGAGACAUGAUUGAUCGCCAAAUUAGAAAUCAGAAUAGUUGGUCACUCCUACCCACUCAGGCAAUAUUUGCUAGUGUUGUUCCUGGUGAAUUGCUUAAGGGACAUUUAAAGCAAAUGAUUAAUUUUCCAGCAUGGCUGGGGAAGAAUUCUAAUCAUAAGCAUAUGGACAGAGUUUUGCAAGAACUUCAUGUGCAUAUGCGAAUGAGAAUAACUGGUAAUAAAACAGAUGUUGCUUUAGAAUAUCUACCUCUUCUAAAGCGCGCAUUGACCAAGCCGUUGAUAGAAAGAGAAUCUGAAGGUAUUCCUGAUGUUUUAAAAAUUAUGGAAAAUUACUUUCUCUUAAGAGAAGAUUUUGACAGCAUUAUUGAUUUAUCUCUUUGGCCUAACCAAACUGACCCAAGAACAAAAAUAAUCACAAAGGUGAAGAGUGCAUUUACUAGAGCCUACAAUAAAGAAAGUGGUAAAAAUCCAUACGCUAUCACUAAUGUCAAAAAGAAGAAGGGAGCUUCCAAAGAUGUUGAGGAUGGACUUGAUGAGGAUAACGAUGUGGUGUCUGAGGAAGAGGAAGACGAGGACAUUGAGAAAGAUGCAAUGAUUAAAGUGAAAAAACCUACCAAAAAAUCUGCAGCAGACAGCAGUGAACCAUCAACAUCUAAGGAUAAAAAGAAGAAUCCCUCGAAGAGAGGAAAAGCCAAAUGAUUCACUGUGUAUAUAGUUUUAAGUUGUAUAUUUGUUUCAAAAUAAAAAAAAAUGUAUUUUUUU